AUGGAGGCAGUGGGGUCCGGUAUUCCCGAGGUGAAGGGGUAUCUGAACGGCGUCAGCACGCCUGCUGUCCUCUCCGCCAAAACCCUCCUCGUUAAGGUGAUUAUUAGUCCCAACAUGCUCAAACAUAGGUCUGGUAUUCCUGAGGUGAAAGGGUAUCCCAACAGCGUCAGCACGCCUGCUGUCCUCUCCGCCAAGACGCUCCUCGUUAAGGCGCUGGGAAGCAUAGCAGCCGUGGCAGGAGGGCUGGCAGUGGGCAAGGAGGGUCCUCUGGUGCACUGUGGAGCAUGCAUCGCCAGCAUCCUGGGCCGUCUCAGCCAUUGGAUCUCCGCCCGCCGCGAUCUCAGCCAUCCGCGCAAGCCGCGGAUCCCGACAGCUAGCUCCAUCGCCUCUUUGGGACUGUUCAAUCACGGGUCAAUCAAGGCUUUAAGGACGCCGGUGUGGUUGCACAGCGACAGGGGUUUAAGAGAUUUGGUGACGUGUGGUGCUGCCUCGGGUGUGGCUGCUGCGUUCCUUGCUCCCGUGGGCGGUGUGCUGUUCGCGCUCGAGCAAGUCACCUCCUGGUGGCGCAACUCGCUCAUCUGGCGAAUCUUCUUCACUAAUGCUGUCGUGGCAAUGGUGCUGCGAGCCUGCAUCUCCCUGUGCGAGGGUGACAGGUGCGGCGGCAGUUUUGGGUCCCGAGGCUUCAUUCUGUUCGACCGAAGCAAGUCCCGAACUGACUUUGGGCUGCUGGAGGUGGUGCCAGCUGCCCUGCUGGGCGUGGUGGGAGGGCUACUCGGUGGGCUGUUCAACCAUUUGAAUGUCAAGCUGUGCGCUUACAGGAAGAGGAAGCUUCACAGGCACGGCGCAUGGGCGAGGGUGUUAGAAGUCCUUCUCAUCUCCCUCCUCACCUCCGCUCUUCGCUUCUACGGCCCCUUCCUCGCCUCCUGCCUGCCCUGCCCUCAAGACCCGGAUGAGGGAAUACGCGGUGCAAUGGGGUUAGUGGGGGGCUCGCACCAAGGUUCUUUCAACUGCCCGAGCAUCGUUGGCACGGGGGACCACAAGGCCUUUGCCUGCCCGGACGGGCAGUAUAAUGAUCUCGCGAGCUUGCUACUCCUCCCUGCUCCUCUCUUUCACCACAUUCUUUCUUCUCGCCACACCCACAUACGGCACAGCAGUCCCGGCGGGUCUCUUUGUGCCCUCCGUCCUCUGCGGUGCCUCAUACGGCCAAAUGGCUGCUACACGUCUCUUCUCCUGUCUUUCACAAUCUUCUUUGCUCUCGCCACACUCACAUACGGCACAGCAGUCCCGGCCGGUCUCUUCGUUCCCUCCAUCCUCUGCGGUGCGUCCUACGGCCGAAUGGCAGGCAUGUUCAUGGUAACCCUAUUCGGCCCACACCGGGUGGGGGAGGGAACCUACGCGCUCCUCGGCGCCGCGUCUUUUUUGGGCGGCUCCAUGCGCAUGACCGUUUCGCUCUCGGUCAUCCUGCUGGAGCUCACGGGCAGCUUGAAACUUUUGCCGCUGGUGAUGGUGGUGCUGCUGGUGUCGAAAUCGGUGGGGGACUUGUUCAAUCGGAAUAUCGACGACUCUCAUAUUGACCUGAAAGGGAUUGCUUACCUCCCGGAAAACUGCACGCAUCAGGACUUCACUUUGUUUGAGGAAGAAGGGGAGGAGGGUGAGGGGCGGAAGGAGGAUCCCCCACAGUAA